AUGAAUCGUAUAUUUGGAUCUUCUAAAAAGACACCAAAACCAACACUUAAUGACGCAAUUGCUUCCACGGAUUUGCGGGUGGAUGCUGUUGAAGUUAAGAUAAAGAAACUCGACACCGAAUUGGCGAAAUAUAAAGACCAAAUGAAGAAAAUGAAGGAAGGACCCGGAAAGAAUGCUAUUAAAGCUAAAGCACUACGAGUAUUAAAACAAAGAAAACUAUAUGAAGGUCAACGCGAUCAACUCCAACAACAAUCAUUUAAUAUGGAACAAGCAAAUUUCACAACAGAGAAUCUUCGAAAUGUGAUCUCGACUGUGGACGCAAUGCAAUUAGCGAACAAAGAGAUGCAGAAACAAUAUAAAAAGAUUGACGUUACCAAUAUUGAGAGAAUUCAAGAUGAUAUGGAAGAUUUGCUGGAACAAGCAAAUGAUAUACAAGAAUCACUUGGAAGAACUUAUGGACUGCCCGAGGAUAUUGAUGAAGAUGAAUUGGAAGCUGAAUUGGAUGCGCUGGGAGAUGAACUUUUAUUGGAAGAAGCAGAAGAACCCUCAUAUUUACAAGAGACACAAAUCCCAGAUAUUCCUAAUGCUGAGCUGCUGGAAUUGGAAGGAGAGGCUGCUAAACUAGAACCAGGCGUUCCGACAGCACCAAUGAAAAAUGUCGCUUAA